AUGUCAUACAUAUACAGAGAACGCGAUAGAGAGCGUGAUUGGGACGAACCUCGUUCUAGCGUCUCAAUCAAGCGUUACGUCAUUCCUCCUGAAGAUGAGCGAGAGCGCGACUAUCUCGUUCGCCGCGAGGAUCCUUAUACCGGGGAUCGAGAACUGAUGGUUCGGCGCUCUACCGACCACCAUGACGACCCCGUCCUCGUCCGUCGUUAUGAACGUGACGUCGACUACGAGCCUCGCUAUCGCUCCGAGCGAGAUUACUACGAGCCUCGAGGCCCCAUCUACAUCAACCCGCGCGAAUCCGACUACGAUGUUGUCCACCGAUCAGAGGUUGAUAGAGACCCCCACUAUCAUCACCGACGUUUCCGCGAGUAUGAGGAUGACCGUCGCCUUCGCCGAGAGCUUAGUCCCGCCGACUCGAUCUCCCAGGCUAGCCGUCGGCGUGAUGACCAGGACUACAGCAGUGAUGACAGCAUGGUUUAUGUUCGCAAAGAGACCCGUGAAUACGACGACCACCCACAUCACCGACGCCACCUUGCUGAGGGUGCUCUGGUUGGUGCAGGUGCUGCUGAACUAUACCGUAGCCAUCGGAAGAAGGAAGGCGAAGAGGUGUCUGAUGGCGCGGGUCGUCUCGGCCGAACCGUAGGCGCUGGUGCUCUAGGAGCUGUUGCCGUCAAUGCGGCCUCGCGGGCCAGAGACUACUAUCGCAGCAAAAGCCGGCACCGUUCUCAUUCGUUUGAUGACGACCACGGCUCUCAUCAUCACCGUCGUCGCCGCCGCCAUCGUCAUGGCCAUAGCCAUAGCCACAGCCGUCGGAGUCGCAGUCGAAGCCGCUCACAUUCUCACUCCCGAGCCAAGACCUUGACAGAACUUGGCCUGGGUGCUGCUGCUAUAGCCGGUGCUGUCGCUCUCGCACGCAGUAAAUCAAAGUCAAAAGAUGACAGGCGCAGUCGCUCCCGCCGUCGUACCUCUAGCAGGAGCAGGAGCAGGGCAAGGUCGCGAACAGGCGAUGGCGAUGGUGACGAUGACGAGACUCGAAGUCAGUCACAGCGGAGAAAGCACAUGGCGGGAGCCGGUCUGGCAGGCGCCGCGGUAGCUGGCCUUGUGGAAAGGGCCCGCAGCCAUUCGCGUUCUCGCAAAGGUGAACGGUCUCGGUCUCACAGCAGAUUCCGCCAGGCCCUCCCUGUCGUGGCGGCUGGUUUAGGAACAGCAGCUGCCACCGGCCUGUAUGAAAAAAGCCAGGACCGAAAGAAGGAAGGCGAAGAUGGGUCUAGGCACAGAGAACGGCGGCGAUCCAGGUCCAGAAGCAGGACCCCGUCAGAAGUUUACCCAGAUCCUUCACGAGACUCAGCUGGCCUUAUCGAGUAUGGCCGCGAUCCAGUUCAUGGAAGCAUCCCAACUGCAAACUACUAUGGCAGAUCACCGUCUCCGUCCGGCUAUUACUCCGAUGCCACCGAUCCCGUGGCUAGUGGUGCUGCAGGAUAUGGCUCUUCAAGAAAUCGGGACCGUAGCCGCAGUCGCAGCCGCAGCCGCAGCCGGGGUGUCAGAUACGGCAGUACAUCGGACUCAGACCAGGACAGUGGUAGACGACGAAAGAGUCACCACAGGUCUCGCGACCUAGCAGGAGCUGCCCUGGCCGCCACAGGAGCGGGAUAUGCAGCUCACAAAUAUUCACAGCGGAAGGAUCGUAAGAAGGCUGGUCAGGAUAGAGACAGACCUGGGUAUGAUGACGAUAAUGUGAGCCGGGAUCCGUACGAAGAGUCGUACAACCCCGAGCCCUACCCACCUUCUCCCCCUGCCGCGCCUCAGCAGCAAAUCGAUGAUCGCCAGUACUACCCUAAUACCAACUACUUUGCGCCGCCCCCGAGCUCAGCUCCUCAUCCGGCGAGCAAUGGAGCACCGUAUCGCCCAGCAGACUAUCCACCACCUCCUGGAGCAGCUCCGCCCCCGCAACCGUAUGGGUAUCCGCCUCCUCCAGGACCAGAUCCGUAUGCGCCCCGGCCCCGAAGGGCAGAUGAGAAUGUGAGUGCUGCACAAAACUGGCCCUUCCCCACUGCUAAAUACCACACACAAGAUGGUCUAGAAGCAUUCCCUCCCCUCGGAACGCCGCGUGCCAAAAAACGGAGAUCACGCGCUGUUAGCCAUCCAGCCCUGCCAAAAUCUGUUUCUUUUGACCUGAAUUCGGGGACCUCGCACGAUCGCCAAAUGGACCCGGGUUACGAAACUGAUGAUAGUGAUUCAACGAUUGGCUCAUUGAAAGGCGAUCGUCAGCAUGGCUACCAUCGCCGCUGUUCUUCCGAUCCAUAUUCUUCAAAAUCCAAUACUAAAUCUAGACCCGGUGGUGGAUCUUCUACUACCUUGGAUGCUGGUAAAAACAUCGGAUCUGACUCGGAUUCAACUAUCGAUUUGCCGGCUCGAUUCGACUCGCAAGGUAAACUGUUGCCACAGCGGGAAAAUGAUCCAGUGGUAGAUAGAUUGGAGGAUUUGAUUAGAGAUAUCAGUAAGGUGUUAUUCUAA